CGCCGUACAUCCGGCCGGCCCUGUGGUCUUUCCUCCGUGGGCGAUGUUUCCGCGCCCGUGUUGCCGGCGGCCACAGCACGUGGCACAAGAUCCGCAGCGGCGUCCCGCAAGGCGGGCGCCUUUUCCCCUGGCUGUGCAGCCUGUGCCCCGAGUUCCUCGAAGUGCGCCUGGAGGGUGUUGCCAUCAUCAUCAUCAUCUACGCCGCUUGUGCCUGGAGGCACAAGCGGCGUUCGCCGUGAAUGAUGGUCUCGGCGGUCACUCUGCUUAUAAAGUUUGUUUUUGAUACCCGUCGCGUGCUGUUCGCGCAUCCAGCAAUAUUUACCCUGGGAGGCUUGAGCUCACGCUAUACCUGACUUUUUUGCUUUAUUGAAUCUCUGUAGCUUUCUUGAAGUAGUACUAAGUUCGAGCUUGUUACCGAAACACGAGAAGAACGUGAGCGAGAUCGAGGUCAAAUGUGGAGAAGUAUUUGCGAAUGUGAAAAGCUGUUGAUCUUCCCGUCUUGAUGUGCAGAAUCGGGUUUGAAGUGCAAAUUGGUACUGCGACAACAAACGAAGAAUGACCAUAUGACACUUGGUGCAAAUAAGUGACGACUUUUGUUUGUGCGAUGCUGACGUAAAAAGCAGGAGGUACAACUACAAGGAGUCCGCCGGUUUUGCGUCGGACUGUCGCAGCAGACGUGGAAGGACUACCUACAUUUCCGGUUCUGAUGGAGGAACGGUUAGCGUGCCUGGAGUUGUACGGGCGGCUUCGGGCCGCCGUUCCGGGGAGCAGCGAGCGGGCACGGGCUCUGUUUUCGGUCGAAGAGGACCAGCGCAAGCGGGUGUUUCUUCGCCUCGUGCCGGACCCGUACGCGACGGAACUGAAACCGAAGCAGUGGCGCUGCACGCACGCGGUGCCCGUGCAGGCGAAGACCAACGCACUUGUGGACACGGUCGGCGCUUGCCUGUUGGACUGGGUAUAAAUAUGGUGAAGGAUAUUAUGCCCUUACUGCGAAACAAGCGAUUUCGGAAAGCCUAUACUUGGUAAAUGUGAGAGAUCGCGCCGCACAGAGGUUAUGUCACUACAGUCGUUUCUUGGAAUUUGAUAAAAGCGCGUGUUUCUUGUGGAACAUCAAACCGAUAUAAUCAUUAAACAGGUCCUGGACGGGUACAAUGCGGUCCUUUUAUCGAUGGGCGCCGAGGGGAGCGGCAAAACCUACACUCUGUUUGGCCCCCCAUCGGGGACGAGCGGUGCAGCCACCGGGGCGUCGGCGGCGCGGAGCGUCGACGCCGACGGCCUGGUCACGGCGUUUCUGCGCGAAGUGUUCCGCGUGCGGCGCAAGGAGAAAUUCCGGGUGGGUUUGUCGUGGUGGGACGUCCGCGGUAGCGAGGUUCGGGACCAGAACGAACGGCCGGUGUUCCGGAACCUGACCAAGUUUGACGUGCUGGAACUGCAGUCCUACGGGGAGGCACUGGAGGUUUUAACCGCGCUGCGCGAACGCGACACCGUGCGCAAGCACUGCCUGAAGAACUCCACCGCGAAGCUCGCCAAGCCGCGGCACCUGUUUUUGCGCGUGGCUCUGUUCCACGACCAGGAAGAUCACCUGUUAAGCACGGUGCACUUCGUUGAUCUUGCCUCGGAGAGUGACGCCGAGUGCAAGCGCGACCUGGGGUCGCUGCACGUCUUGCUCCGGGAGGUGGGGGGCGCCUUCGCGGAGACCGAGAACCACAACCCCAGCUCCGCCGCGGAGGACGCCGACGGCGGCGGCGGACCGAACGCCUUGCUGCGGUCCCCCGUCUCGCCCCAGUUCAAGUCGGAAAGACAGCUGGGCGCGUUGCUGAUGCCGCUCAUCACCGGCAACUGCAAGACCUUCGUGCUCGCCACCGUGCCGGAAACGCAGCUGACGGAACCGCAGAUGGAAGAGACUGUACGGAUUUGUUGCUGUGUUUGAGGCAGGUGGCUUUUACAUGGUAAGUUUACAACUAAAUGUAGAGGAAGUGGAGGUCGUCGGUACUAAAGGUAUACUUUUACAAACCUUCUUGGUAGAUACCUUUUCAUCGUGGGACCCUUUGUGUAGAGAUUCCCACUUCGCUGUGCUGCACGCUCAUUGUUCUAUGCACCUACCGCAGAUUCGCUGCCUGGACACAGCCGAACGGGCAUCGCUUAUGGCGACGACGUGCCGGCGGCUGUAUUUACGCGGCGGGGUCGACCUCAUUCCGCUGCGCGUCGGAUGGACCCCGCCCACGGGCGCGGACGAGAAAAUUCGGCGACCUUCGGUGGAUCUUUCUACGGUGGGCGACCACGUGGGGCCGGAGGAUCUGCAUCGAGUCCGGCGCUUCACUGGCGAUAGCUCCAUCCUCGCCGGAGACCAGUGGGACCACGAAAAUGUGCUUCCAACCGAAAGGCUUUUCGCAGACGAGAUCGACCCGGCGAUUGACAGGAGAAACGCUUUCGACACCAUAACCGCGCCGAAGGAACAAUCGGAUAAAAAUUCCUUCCGAUCGACGACUCGCAAGGCCGACCAGGAGCCGCCGCCAGCACCACCGCCCAACCUUCUGGCUUCGAACGACCCCUCCGAAGAUACAAGCGCAUCGCCCCGAGGGGCGGGGGAACAUCAAUCGUCGAUGAACAGUACGACCUCUAAGUCACCGGCCGCCGCAGCCAGCACAAAAAGUAUCAUCGCCGGCACUACAGUGCGCGCGUCUUCGUCCACGGCUCGACUCGGAUCGCCGGAAGCUGCGCGUGGCAAUAAGGGCGGCACGACAUCUGCAACCGGAGCACCAGCAGGACUGCUGCAGCAGUACUACGGCAACACCUCCAACUACCUGGAGGUUUCGCGGCCACCGGAUUCGCCCAAGAAACAGCCGGGGGCCGACAAGAAGCUGGCGCAGGACUACGAGGCGCUGCUGCUGGCGCACCGGCGCGUGCUGAAGCAGGUGGAGGUGCUCCAGGCGUCUAAAGUUUCCGCCGUGGACCACGACUUACUCACCGACAAGUACCGCCGCGCGUUGCGCCAGAUCGAAACGUUGGAAGAGCGCGAGAUCGGGGCGGAGGAGCUGGCGGAGCGGGACCUGCAGAUUCAGGACCUGAAGCUCGCCGUGCUGGAUGUGAAGAAGAAGCUCCGCGCGGCAGUGGGGGAGAAGUUGGUGGACCUCGACCUGGACGUUUCGCGAAACCCCUACGCCCUGUUUGACGAGCUGGAAACCGAAAUCACCCGUCUGCGUCGCGAGGUGCAGGCGCAACAGGAACGGAAUGUGCGCCUAGCACUGGAGCUGGAAAGGUUUUGGAGGAAGUUUCUGUAGUUCUCGUUGAUUGGUCGUUUCGUGCGGGCUUAAUAUUUUCAAGUGAGUAUAGUCUCGAAGCGCCGUUCUUGAGUGGAUGGCGUUUCUUGGAUCUCGCGAAAUGUUUGUACUGCUUUUUUGCAUUUAUUAUGCUAUGCAAGAAUGUUUUCGACAGGUACCAAAAUCCGCUGGGGGUUGCGAACCUGGACAGUGCGAAGUUGCCCAAGUUUGUGAAGGACUUGCAACGCGAUCUGCAGAGCCUUCGGCAGCGCGAAGACGAGUUCGCGCGGUCCGAGCGCAGCAACAAACUUGUAUCGAAGUGCGUGCAGGACCUCACGACCAAGCUUGGCAGGACGGAGCAGCAGCUAAAAGAGUCGCAAAAAAGGGCCGACCUUGCCGAGAAGAAAGCUGAUGCGAGUGAGGAGUUUCUCGAAAAGGUUCUGAAGAAGGCACGUGAAACGGAGUCCGACCUGGAAAUGUACAUAAGGGCCUUUUUCUGUCAUUUUUUUUUCCGUGCGCAGCAUCAUACACUUGCUGCUGUAAGUACAUCAAGGAGGAGCUGUACUAUGUUCAUCUUGAUUGUCGUACUUCCUUCAUAGGUUGGCGUUGUACCGGAAGCAUCGAUAAGCAUUCAGAUAAAAACGCAUCAUGCGGAAUAAGAAUAUCGAAAUAAUGUAUCUACUUUACACCAGCAUGCGCAAGACAAACGAGGGGUUGGAGAUCGAAGUUGCGGGGCUCAAGGAGGCGUGUUUUCACCACAUGCAGUACAAACGGCAAGACGAUUUGCUGACGAAGUUUUUGCCGCUGUCGCGAGAGCUGAAGACCGGGAGCACGAGGGGAUCGGUGCUGCGUGCGGGCGGGGGGGCGACCACGUCCUGGACCGGGACGAAUCCGAGCAAGGUGCUCACAGAUAACUUUGAAAAACUGCACAAGGAGAUCACCGGGAACCCGGACUUGCGUUUCAUUGUGCCGCUCUCCGCGCGGGUCAAGAGCGGUCUGGACGCGCUGCUGCGGCAGCACUCCACGCUCGAGGAAAAAGCGGCCACCGCGUUGCAAGUCAUGCAGCGGUCGGUCGCAGACGAGAUUCGGGAUGUGUCCCCUGCACCCUCUGCCCGCAGUCAAGUCUCGUUCCUCUCCACGGGCCGACGUGGCAACCGCUCGACUUUGAGAACAUAAAGAUUGAUGGACGGUAGAAUCACGCUGCAUGAAGAACAAGCACCGAAGCGGCCUUAUGUGGUGUCUUGCGCAGCCUCGGGCUUUGCAUGUCGUGAUUCCCAACACUACUUCCACAUAGAUACAUGCACAUGCAUUUGAGCAUUGAAGCGCACAAUUCAAUGAUGCAGCACCAACAUGCGCCGUCCGUGCUGGUCCCAAAAAGUGAGCAGUACUCAGCUCGACGUGUGCAGCGCGUUCUCAUGUUUUUUGUGAAGCGAGAG